GAAUUAAGGAAUACCUACAUAAAAUAAAUUGAAAUUGUUCUGUCCGCCAACGUUGUAAGCACACAUAAAUUUUAUUACUUUUUAAAGCAGUGAUUUAUUAACCAAUUUUAAUCUAGAAAAUGGAAGAUCUGGAGCAAGUAUAUGUCAGUCCUCUUCCUGAUUCACCUUAUGUAAAACCUUUUAGGCUGAAUUACACGCAGAAUGGUAAACAAAAAUCCUGGGAUUUGUUGGAAGUACACAAUAGUGUAGCAAUUAUUGUUUUUAAUGUGACCCGAAAGGUUAUGAUAUUUGUAAAACAGUUCCGCCCUGCUAUCUAUUAUAAUUCCGUUCACCCGGAGGACCGUAAUGAUUUUAUAGAUACAAAAAAAUAUCCAGCUUCUCUAGGGAUCGCUCUUGAGAUGUGUGCUGGUAUCAUAGAUAAAGACAAACCAACCAUUGAAAUAGCUAAGGAAGAAGUUUUAGAGGAAUGUGGCUAUAAUGUAGAAGUUGAGAACUUGCAAAAAAUUAUGUCAUACAGGUCAGGUGUAGGUGUCCAGGGCUCUCUUCAAACCUUAUAUUACUGUGAAGUCACCGAUGACAUGAAAACAGAACAAGGUGGAGGUGUAGAUGAUGAAAUAAUAGAAGUUGUUGAGAUGACAAUACCUCAAAUAGAAAAGAUGUUAAACUCUGAAGGGCCACUAGCAAGUCCUCCUAGCUGUUUAUUUUCACUUAUGUGGUUCUUGCACAACAAAGCUGACAAGUACAGAAAGUAGGAUGGCAACCACAUUGAUAUUAUUAUCAUGUUAUUUCACAGUAGAUAUUUUGCUUCUUUACAUUACAUUUCCAAUUUGCAGUGUCUUAAAAACUUUCCUAUCAUAUUUUAAAACUUAAACCCUUAAUGACAAACAAAUUUCUAUGUUUUUGAGUUACUUGAGAAAUUUUAC